AUGGCGACAGUUGCGGAUCCCACGCACCACAGGCAGGAGGAUAACGAUGCGUACCCCACUCAGAUCCAGGAGGACUACCCUCAGCAGGACCUCCCUCACUUUACCUGGCGGUCAGUGGUGGUCGGUAUCCUUAUUGGCACACUCUUGUGCUUCACCAACAUGUACUUUGGCCUCCAGACCGGCUGGAUCAGUAUGAUGUCCCUCCAAUCCUCCUUGCUCGGGUUUGCCGUCUUCAAGGCUCUCAAGAACUAUAUCAAGGUCCCCUUUGGUCCCGCCGAGAACAUUGUCCUCCAGUCUGUCGCAGUCGCCACCGGUACUAUGCCCCUGGCCGCCGGAUUUGUCGGAAUCAUCCCCGCGCUCAAGAUGAUGACGCUUGCCGAUAACCCAGACCAUGGCGGACCUCUCGAGCUCUCUGCUGGACAUUUGAUUCUCUGGUCGUUGGCGAUUGCGUUCUUUGGAGUCUUUAUAGCGGUUCCCCUCAGACGGCAGGUUAUUAUCAAGGAGAAGCUUCCCUUCCCCUCGGGUACCGCCACCGCUCAGAUGAUUGGCGUCCUUCACAACACGCCUUUGGUCAACCACAGCAACCCGCAUCAUCGUCAGCAUGUCACCGAGGUUGCGAGCGCUCAGUUUGGAGAAGAGGGUCUUCGUCGUCGCAAGAACAAUGAUGAGAAGACGGAUUUGGAAGAGUAUACCAAGGAAAGUCAGCAGCCCCUGGGUCAGUUGGCCCCUGUCGAUUACGAGGACCAGCGUCAUGCUCAGGCGACUGGCAAGAUCGAGAUUCAUGGCGAGAACGGAGAGCAUUUCACGUUGGACAAGGAGUUCUUGCAGGAGGACAACUGGCGUCUCAACAUGACCGCUUUGGCCAUUUCCUUUGGACUCUCGGCCCUGUACACCAUUCUCUCGUACUUCUUCCCUGUUGUCUCGACGGUACCCAUCUUUGACUGGCUCUCUGGAAUGACCGUUACGGUCGCCAGCACCUGGCAGUGGUAUCUGACCCCCUCGCUCAGUUAUGUCGGCCAGGGCGUCAUUAUGGGGUUUCCCACGACUGCGUCCAUGUUGCUUGGCUGUGUUGUCGGCUGGGGUAUCCUCUCGCCUGUCGUCACCAACAAGGGGUGGGUUGCUGGACCAGUCGGUAGCUCGACCAAUGGUGCUCGAGGAUGGAUUCUCUGGAUCUCUCUCGGUGUCAUGAUUGCCGAGGCUGUGGUCUCGUUGCUGGGAGUCAUUGUCUUGUCCUUCAUUGCUCACUACCGCCGCAAGACACGCGAGAGACGCAACGCCGAGCGCAAAGCGGCCCUCGAGGCCUCUGCUACCCACACUGGUGCCGACAUUGAUGCCUUCAGCGUCGAGGAGGAUCUGGAGGACGAGGAUGCACCCAUCGACCAGUUGGUCCCCCUUAAGCUCUGGGUUUGCGGUCUCAUUCUGUCGUCUGCUCUCUGCCUGCUCCUGAUCUGGGUUGUCUUCAAGGAUCAGCACAUGCCUGUCUAUGCCACCUUGCUCGCCAUCGUUCUUGGUUGUCUCUUGUCUGUCCUCGGAGUUCGCGCUUUGGGAUCGACCGAUUUGAACCCUGUCAGUGGUAUUGGUAAAGUCUCACAGUUCGCCUUUGCAGGAGUUGUCCCCGGAGGCAUUGUCGCCAACCUGAUUGCUGGAGGUAUUGCCGAGGCAGGAGCUCAACAGGCCGGAGACUUGAUGCAGGAUCUCAAGACGGGACAUUUACUCGGCGCCUCACCCAAGGCCCAGUUCUGGGGUCAAUUGAUCGGUUCCUUGGCCUCAGUCUUCAUCUCGACGGGAGUCUACAAGUUGUACUCGUCCGCGUAUGAGUUGCCCGGUCCCCAGUUUGCAGUCCCCACGGCUAAGGUCUGGUUGGACCUCGCUCGUCUCUUGAACGGUCACCCCUUGCCCUACAACACUGGCCCCUUCAUCUGGGGUUUCGCUGCAUUCUUUGCUCUCCUGACCAUCAUCCAAGUCGUCUACUCCGAUGUCGCCUUCUUGAAGUCCCGCAGCCGCAACGGAUCCAUCCGCGGUCGUCCUCGUUGGAUCAGUUGGAUCCCCUCCGGCAUCGCAUUCGCUAUCGGAAUGUACAACCUGCCCAACUUUACAUUGGCCCGAUUUGUUGGAGGAGUGGUGUCGCUGUGGUGGGAUUGGCAUUGCAAGAAGUAUGCGGAUCACCCUUCUGCCAAGUAUGCAAAGUUGGGACGUGUGUUUUUGAUCAUUAUCGCGUCCGGGUUUGUGUUGGGCGAGGGCACGUUCUCGAUUGUGAACUUGAUCUUGAAGACGGGCAAGGUCCACUCUGCAUCCUGUGUCGGAUGCUAUGCCGGUGCCUGCUCCUGCAACUAA